UGUAAUAGAUCGUCAAGUCGGUAAAAGAGCUUUAUGAUCAAGGUGAUCAACCUUACAAAAGUGAACUCAAAAGUGAUAGAAAAAUGUUGGCAAGAACAUUGUUUGCUUUAUUUGUGACUAUGUUCGUUUCUUCUUUGAACUUGAUUGCAAACGUCGAGGGAGCACCCAAAAUCAAAACUUACACAGCCGCUGUGGUCGAAGUGAAUUCCAUUAUUACGCAACAAGCUGUCGAGAUAAUUAGAUCGAAAGAAUUAAAAGGGGUGGAUAUUGUUGUAUUUCCAGAAGGAAUUUUCGAUCAACAAAACACUCCAGUUGCACUUCCAAGCACAAAGAGCGCAUACUGUGAUGAUCCAAACGCUGAUCUGUUGUUGCAAAAAGUGUCUUGUGCAGCUAGAAAGGCCAAAAUGUAUGUUGUAAUCGAUUUGGUAGUAAAAGUGCAGUGCUCCUUAGCAGAAUGGUUGUGCUGCCCGAACAGUGGUGAUUCUACACAUAUUUACAAUAUGGCCAUCGCUUUUGACCGGAACGGCGUUGCCAUUGCCAUGUAUCGCAAAUAUCACUUAUUCGGUGAGUAUGGAGUUGAGCAGCCAAAAAACCCAGACUUAACAACAUUUAAAACGGACUUCAAUGUGACAUUUGGGUUUGCCAUCUGUUUCGAUCUGAUGUUUGCCGAUCCAAUGGAAAAUCUAAUGCAGAAAGGAGUCAAACACUUUGUUCAUCAAGCAGCCUGGUUUUCAGAACUGCCAUAUUUAACUUCCGCUCAAUACCAACAAAGUUGGGCAUAUGCAAACAACGUAAAUUUACUCGCUGCAAAUGUGAAUGCACCAAACAUUGGAUGCUCCGGCAGUGGUAUUUACAGCGGACGUUCGGGUGCUUUGCAAGUUUUUGUAAGUGAAUCGCCUGCGACGAAAAUUCUCAUCGCAAAAGUUCCGAUCGAUUUGCCGACUAGUUCUCAGGAGCAAAUCACCAAACGACAAAAUUCAAAUAUAAAACUUGUAAAGACUCGAUCAAUCAGUCCACAGAACAUUGGUGACAUCAGUCAAGAUGUUAAUUUGAGUAAAUUUUCCGUGAAAUUUUUAAACUUUUCUCAACAUCUCAGCCAAAGUGGAUCGCUAUGUAAUAAUAACAUUUGCUGCAAUUAUUCGAUCGUAGUCAGUGAUAGCGGAGAAGCAAAAGGAAAGUCAUCAUAUUCAUAUGCGAUAUCUGUGUUUAAUGGCCUUCGUCGCUACAAUGGCAUAAAAAAUGUUUUAACUGGACAAGAUGUAUGCAGUGUGAUUGCUUGCGCCGAAAUGAAUUCGAAGGAGUCUUGUGGCAUUGAAAUACCCAAGAAAACGCUUCACAGUCGAUACAAUUUCAAAAAAUUGUAUUUGGAAACAACAAUUCCAGUCACUCACAUGAAAAUCAUGCCAAAUACACUCUCACACGAACUACUACCGCUCAAAACAAAUGAGUUUGAUUUCAAAUUGUCGGAGAUCAAGGGAGCUAACAAAUAUAGCGCUGCUUUGAAAUUGAAAUCAAUGAAAUCAAAUAUUUUCACAUUUGCCAUUUUCUCAAGAGACUAUGACAGAGAUGUAGUCGAUGAAGCAUAGGCCAAAUAAUAAGAAAUUAAUGAGAAAUGUAUGCAAGCUUUGGAAAAGUAUCACCAGAAAAAAGUUGUUUUAUUGCAACAUUGUCGGUGAAUAGUACCCAUUAGAAAUUUGUGAUGUAAUAUUGAAAAAUAAAACAACCUCAUAAAUUCUGUAUAAGAGA